CGAGUCUCAUAACAACUGAAAGUAGACCUAGUGUGAUUUAGGUCUUUGCCCAGGAGUUGAACGGUGGCUGUGCGAGUGUCCGUCUGCAGGAAUAAUAAUAAUAAUUAAAGAAUGCCGGUGGAUAUCGGACAGUGGACUGGUCCACUCUCCCUCACUGAGGUGGAGGAAAAGCCGAGUAAACCCCUGACGGUUAAAUACGGCUCUCUGGAGAUCGACGAGCUGGGGAAAGUGUUCACACCUACACAGGUGCAGAAUCGGCCCACAGUGAUCGAGUGGGAAGGCUGCGACUCCAGUAAGCUGUACACUUUAGCCAUGACCGAUCCGGAUGCUCCGAGCAGGAAAGACCCCAAAUUCAGAGAAUGGCAUCACUUCCUGGUGGUGAACAUGAAGGGGAACGACGUGUCCAGUGGUUGCGUGAUGUCCGAUUACGUCGGUUCUGGUCCUCCUAAAGGAACUGGUCUCCAUCGGUACGUGUGGUUGGUGUAUGAGCAGCCAGGACCGGUGAACUGCAACGAACGCGUCCUGACCAACCGCUCCGGAGACAACCGCGGGAAAUUCAAAAUCCAAGACUUCCGUAAGAAAUACAGCUUAGGCGCUCCGGUCGCCGGGACAUGCUACCAGGCCGAGUGGGACGACUACGUCCCCAAACUGUACGAGCAGCUAGCAGGGAAAUAAACGGAGACGAUCAGGACAUCGAGGGUGGGUGAUAUGACAAAAAAAAAGAAAAAUCGCGAUAUUUAAAGACACGAUAUACAUCAUUAUGAGCUUUCAUAACAAAUAAACGUUUUUUCAUUUCAGCAAAUUAUGUCGGGGCAUAUUGAGCCAACAUCCAAUCAGAUACUUGUUUCUAUGCAGAUUUAAUUUGACGUUGUGAUGUCAUUAGUCGUUAUGCUCUCUCUCGAAAUGGUCGAAAUGUCUAAUGGAGAAAAUAUUCUAGCAAUUUCAGUCAUAUCUCCCACCACAAAAAAAUUAAACAGUAGAAUUGAGUUCUUGCCUGAAAUCUUGCCUUACGUCCAACGUGUUGCACUUAACGGGGAGCUUUUCACUUUUUCUCCAUUAAAUUGUGUUCUAAUGUUUUGUUCUGCUCCUCCUACCUUGUUCCUAUGGAUACGGCUUCUCCAUCUCCUGCUCAACGUGAACACGAUGCUCCGUGCGCGUUCUCGUCGAACGUGAAAGGAAUAAAAGAAUUAAAUAAAAAUGUAUUCAGA